GUUGAUGUGGAAAACUCCGUUUCGCCCUUCCCGCAAGAGCUCUCCGCUCCGUUAUCUACCGAUUUCAAGCUAGUGGCGUAUGGCACCAGAAUGGUAACCUUUCUCAACUUUAAGGUCUACGCCUUAGGUAUCUACAUCGCCGAGGCGGACUUGCCGUUGAUCCCAAAGGUCUGUACUCCAGAAUUGUUAGCCUCUUUGAACUCAGAUGCCUCCAAGACCAACAGCCAGAAAAUGGCCGCGAUUUUGUUGGACCCAGCCCACUCCAACGACUUGACUGAAAAGCUCUUAGAUGCUGGUAUCAGAUUCGCUGUGCGUAUUGUUCCUGUCAGAAACACCGACUUCAACCACUUAAGGGACGGUUUGGUGAAGUCCAUCUUGGCACACCCGGCGGUUAAAAAGUCGAACGAUGUGGUUUCCGAGGGUUUGGGUCAGCUCCGCGCGAUUUUCGGCGCCAGAAAGGGUUCGGUGCCUAAGAACCACGUCUUGCUCAUCGAAAGAUUGGCCACCGGCGCCUUGAAGGUGCAAUACCAAAAGAGAAUUGCUGGCGAAGCCGGCAAGGCGGACACUUUUGAGAACCUCGAGAUGGGCCAGGUCUUGGAACCAUCCGUGGGUAAGUUCUUGAUGUUGCAAUAUCUCUCCCCAACCAAGCCGUUGAGCAAAGACACCAGAGAUCGAGCCAUUGAGAAGUUCAGUAGAUUG